ACUGCAGAUGUUAGUCUCAGUAAUAGAUCAGGAAGUUUGUACUGUAACCACCUUGUUUCAUUUGUGACAGAUAAUUCGUGUCCAGUCCCCAGAUGGGGUGAAGCGGAUCACAGCCACAAAGAGAGAAACAGCUGCAGCGUUUUUGAAAAAGGUUGCAAAGGAGUUUGGCUUCCAAAAUAAUGGCUUCUCGGUUUACAUCAAUAGAAACAAGACUGGAGAGAUAACAGCAUCGUCAACCAAAUCCCUCAGUCUGCUCAAAAUCCAGCAUGGAGAUCUGCUGUUCCUGUUUCCCUCGGGCCUUGCUGGCCCCUCUUCGGAAAUGGAGACGUCGGCCCCGCCAGGGCUGAAGGCCUGCGGUGCUCCCAGUGUGGUGGAGGAUGAGAUCGACCAGUACCUCAGCAAGCAGGACGGGAAGAUUUAUCGAAGCCGUGACCCACAGCUGUGCCGACACGGCCCCUUGGGGAAAUGUGUGCAUUGUGUUCCGCUAGAGCCGUUUGACGAGGACUACCUGAACCAUCUUGAACCUCCUGUGAAGCACAUGUCCUUCCACGCCUACAUCCGCAAGCUGACCGGGGGGGCCGACAAGGGGAAGUUUGUUGCCCUGGAGAACAUCAGUUGCAAGAUUAAAUCAGGGUGCGAGGGACACCUUCCGUGGCCUAACGGCAUCUGUACUAAGUGCCAGCCAAGUGCCAUCACGCUGAACAGACAGAAAUACAGACACGUGGACAAUAUCAUGUUUGAGAAUCACACGGUUGCCGAUCGCUUCCUUGACUUCUGGAGGAAGACAGGGAACCAGCAUUUCGGCUACUUGUACGGACGGUAUACGGAGCACAAAGACAUCCCUCUGGGCAUCAGGGCCGAGGUGGCUGCCAUCUACGAGCCUCCCCAGAUUGGCACACAGAACAGCCUGGAGCUUCUGGAAGACCCGAAAGCUGAGGUGGUGGAUGAAAUUGCUGCCAAGCUUGGCCUGAGGAAGGUUGGCUGGAUAUUCACAGACCUCGUCUCAGAAGACACCCGGAAAGGGACCGUCCGAUACAGCCGAAAUAAGGACACCUAUUUCUUGAGUUCGGAAGAAUGUAUCACUGCAGGGGACUUCCAAAAUAAGCACCCUAACAUAUGUCGACUCUCUCCAGACGGACAUUUUGGAUCCAAGUUCGUCACUGCGGUGGCUACAGGUGGUCCCGACAACCAGGUCCACUUUGAAGGGUACCAGGUGUCCAAUCAGUGCAUGGCGCUGGUCCGCGACGAGUGCCUGCUGCCCUGCAAGGACGCCCCCGAGCUCGGCUACGCCAAGGAGUCCAGCAGCGAGCAGUACGUGCCCGACGUGUUCUACAAGGACAUAGACAAGUUUGGCAAUGAGAUCACCCAGCUGGCCCGGCCGCUGCCCGUGGAGUAUCUGAUCAUAGAUAUCACAACAACUUUCCCCAAGGAUCCAGUUUAUACUUUUUCUAUUUCGCAAAAUCCAUUUCCUAUUGAAAACCGGGAUGUAUUGGGUGAGACACAGGACUUCCACAGUUUGGCCACCUAUCUGUCCCAGAACACCUCAUCCGUGUUCCUGGAUACCGUCUCGGAUUUCCACCUCCUGCUGUUUCUGGUCACCAAUGAGGUCAUGCCUCUGCAGGACAGUAUCAGCUUGUUGCUGGAGGCCGUGAGGACCAGAAAUGAGGAGCUCGCCCAGACGUGGAAGAAGUCUGAGCAGUGGGCCACCAUUGAGCAGCUGUGCAGUACCGUCGGAGUGCAGCUUCCGGGCCUCCACGAGUUCGGCGCCGUCGGGGGUCCCACGCACGCGGCCGCGGCCGCCAUGUGGGCCUGUCAGCACUGCACCUUCAUGAACCAGCCGGGCACCGGCCACUGCGAGAUGUGUAGCCUGCCUAGGACCUAGGGCUCCCGGCCCUGCUGGCGGGACGGGGCCUAGCCCCGCCCUCUCCGAAGCCGGGACCAUUGUAACCAUCGCCCCGUGGGGCAGCCCUGAAGGGCUGGGCAGGGCGGUUGCCUGCGGGUCUCUGACCCACAAAGCUUCUCAGCACCGGGCUCCCCUGGAGGGAGAGCCAGGCUGGUGCUCUGCGGGCUGACACCAGCCUCCUAGUGGAGCAGCACGACGGCCCCCUGGACGCACUGUACCAGUCUCCAAGGUGGUGGAAGGAUCUGGGCACCUCAGAGCCACCACCCAGGGUUGGGAGGGGCGGGGAGGGCUGACUGCUGCCAUCCAGCUUUCUCUUCCCUUCCUUUUGGAUGCUUUUUGUUCUUGCCCCUCCCGUGGUUGCAGUUGGCGGUGUCUGGUGGCCACUGUACCCUGUUGCUGUGGCCGCACCCUGCCUGUGAGGGCUGCUUCUUCCCCUGCCGGUGGCCGUGUCUGGUGAAAACAUGAGUGGGCCCAGGGUUGCUGGCCUCCCUUCUGCUUGCCCUGCAGGUUAAUUUGCUGCCCGCCCUCCUCCUUGCUCUCACCUGAUAUACAGGUGGGAUUUUUAAAGUCUGCGUUGGUUGUAAUAACAGUUAUCAGUAAUUUCUGCCCAGAAGACUUUUAUUUAUUUCUUUUUAAGAUAAAAACUACAUAAAGGGGGAGCAAGAGAGACUAGUUCCCACUUCCUUCCCUCCCGUAGUGAGUCCCUGGGAGUGGGGACGGGGUGGACACAGGGUGGGCAGGGGCGGAUGGGGACCCACAGUCAAUUCUUGGAAGUAAACCUCAGUGCCUGAGACUUUCCUGCCAAGCCACACAGCUGCCACAGCUGUACACUCCGUGGUCUGGCCGGAGGGCAGCCGUCGCUCCCACCAAGCAUCGGCCCCUCCAGAUGGGCCAGGCUGCCUGGGGCGAGCUGGGUUGCCCAGGACCUGAAGCUCUGGCCCCUUUUGCCCUGUACACCGUUCUUCCCGUUGCCCUGCCCAGCCCCAGGUGACAGAGCUAUUGCAAUAGGCCUGCGUGAGAGAGUAGGGGGCUUGGCCUGGUGUGAGGGUCCCUGAGACAGAGGUCACAGUCAGGCCUUGCAUGUGUGCUCGGGUCCCCAGGGAGUUGUGGGCGGCACCCCGAUGCCUCUUUGCCUUAAUAAGGGCCAUGUCUCUGAGCUGCAUGGCACCCACAGGAGAGGCUGGUCUGGACGUGGACUGUGCUGGGGACUUCAUGUCUCUGCCCUGGGGGUGAGGGGAGGCCUGUGUGACCCUCCCUUACCCGUGGCACAGAGAACUGUGUUCUCUGCGUGUUGGCUUCCCAUGGUAGGGCUGUGCCUGGCACCUCUAGGUCCACCUGGUGUCUUGUCUGCUCUCAGGGCCAGGGACCAAUCAGGUUGGGUCUGGCUUCAGCAGAGCCAUCGGUUGUUGGGGGAGGGGUGGGCAGGAGAGGCACGGAGCAUAGACCCCUUCCAGUGUGUGGCGGCUACCUCAGCUCGAGCUCGGCUCCCGGCCGCCUGUGGAAGGGCUGUCCACGUCUGUCCAGCCCAUGUCGUGUGGUCCCUGCCGUCUGGUGUGAGGCUGCAGAGGGGCCUGGUAUCCCUGGGCCCCACGCUCAGCCUCUGUGUCCUCCAAGUCCCUCCCUACCAGCUGUUCCCUUGUGUCGCCUUCACCCACCAAGCUGGCUCCCGUCUCUCUUCAGCCAACAUUCUCUUGACUCUGAAGUUCUGGCAGAUGCAUAAUUCGUUUCCUUUCGUCUUUUAGCUGAAGGAAAAGCGUUGUGAUUUCUCUGCUUCUGGUUUUGAGUCAUUCUUUGUUCAGUAACGCACUUUAUUGUCCAAAUAAACAGACUCUGAGCUCAGCGUGAGGGUGUGGGGGGCACCCUGCCAGAGGCCUUGGCCAUGGGUGGGUGUGUUGGGGCCCCCUCCUGCACAGGGGAGGGAGGGGCCCCCCAGCCCUACCUGCAUCCUGCUUGCCCUCCUGUGGACACAGCCUCUCGCCAUCGGGCGAGGGGUGACUGAGCGCUCCGCUGUCCAGGUGCACACAGCUGGCUGCCUCGGCCUCCUCUGACAGUCUGCUCCUGGUGCUGCCGCUCCAGCUCCACUUGGGGCUGCAGGGGUACGGGAGCUGGGUUUGCGUUAGCGCUGCCUGGACUACGGUCCUGCCGUGAAGCCAAUAAAACUCCUGAAGCAAC